AUGGCCUUCCGGACCACCGUGGGUAGAAUAGUCUUAUUCGGAUCCGUCCUCACUUUUGCUACCGUGCAAUAUGUUCAUAGCCAGAGGCCGGUACCGUUGCUGGAGAGGCUGUUGCGCCCACUCGCGUUUCUCUUUUUGCUCAACUACACUUGGACGAUCCUCCGAUGGAUCACCUACGAGCCCCAAGCUGGUAUCACAGACGACGACCGGCUGCCACGCAUCGACGUGGUUAUUCCGGCUUACAAUGAGUCUGCCUUCAUCAGAGAGUCCAUGAACAGCGUCAUUCACUCCAACUACCCUCAGCAGAAGAUCCACUUAAUUGUUGUCGACGACGGGUCAACUGAUGAUACCUGGUAUCACAUCGUUGCAGCCUCUAAGAGCGCUCUCGACAUCCAAAUGAAAUGUACAAUCAAACAACAUGAGCAAAAUGCCGGCAAGAGGCAGGCUUUGGUCACGGGAUUCAGUCAAGGAGACCAUGAGGUUCUCGUCACGCUCGAUUCGGAUAGUACCUUGACCCGAGAUACUCUCCGCAACCUCGUGACUCCGCUCGUCCUGGACCCCAGAGUCGGGGGCGUGGCUGGCCAUCUAUCUGUGGCGAAUACAGGGAACCCGAGACAUCACAGCUUCCGGUUCUUGAUCCCACGUCUGCUGGAGAUUCUGUUCCAGUACGGCGGUAAUAUCCCCCGCUCCGCGCAGACGAAGUCUGGCUUUGUCGUCAUUCUACCAGGAGCGAACUCGGCGUUCCGGCGAGAAGCUAUCAGGCCACACAUUGCCACGUUGAACAACCAAACGUUCCUCGGUCAUCCUUUGCGCCACGGCGAGGACAUCGAGUUUGCCAUGAAGCUGCUCCAGGACGGCUGGCGGACUGUAUACCAGAGCAGCGCCAUCGUCUCCACCACAGCCCCGGAGACGGCUUACAAGGCUCUUUUGAUGUACAUCCGCUGGGAGCGCAGCAGUUACACAUAUCUGCUCCUCGGCCUCCUACACCUGACAUACCAAGAGGCUCGGCACGUACUGAAGAACGCCGUCUGUCACUUGGGGAAAAGUCCCAUGCUGUUACCUACGUCGGCCAACAAGCCUUGCGAGGAGGAUGCGAAAAGGAUGGUCGUUGGUGGGCAUGGAGAUCUGUACCCCAUACUGAACCUCAUAUGCACAAGCUUGUCGAGUAUCACGUACAUUGGAAUUGUGGUUCUACGUUUCUUGUCUUUUGCCAAGGAACCUUGGAUAGUGAGAACUGAUUUUUGGUGCUUGAUAGUGCUUGCCUUAUGGAACAGCCUGCUCUUCAUUCCUGAUGCAUUACAAGAUGACUGGAACAACAUGAGGUCAGCGGAGGACGAUGGGACCGAAGGGCAGGAGGUCGAGGCUUCUGAUAAUAGGCGAUUAAAGCUCGUUUGGAAAUUACAGUACGCAGGUCUAUCGGCGAUCUUUCAGACGUUCUUCAUUAGCUGGGCGACGGUUCCCGGGACAGUAGCCCUGACCUUCGACGACGGGCCAUGGUUCUUUACCAACUACGUGAUGGACUCUUUAGCGAGAUACGGCGCGAAGGCGACCUUCUUUCUCAACGUCUGGCCACACGUGAAUGUGAACACCAGGCCGGAGUACUGGCAGCCGGUCGUGCGUAGGAUGCUCGCUGAGGGCCACCAGAUCGGCAUCCACACCUGGGGGCACGAGAACCUGGACACGCUCACGGACACGGAGAGAAUGGCUACAGUGAAGAAGGCUACUGACUUCUUCGCGCAACCAGACUUUCUGAAUGGGACACGGCCGAUGUACAUUCGGCCGCCGUUUGGCGAGUGCAGUGUAGAGACGGGGUGCGUUGACAUAUUCACAAGGGCGGGCUACCGCUUGGUAUUUUGGGACUGGGACUCCAAUGACUGGAAGCAUGACGCCGGGGAUCUCGCGUAUCUGACGACCGAAGGCCUGCAGGAGAAGCUGGACACCCUGACGCCUGCGGUGGACAACCUCCUGGUCCUGAUGCACGAUAACCGUGUGCAGACAGCCAUGAACGUGGAGGACUUACUCGGAAGGAUAACGAAAGCGGGGUUCACGCCCGUCACAGUUGGCGAGUGCAUCGGCGACGCCAAGGAAAACUGGUACAGUGCAUCAAUAGCAAAUUCGACGACUGCCGAUCUUGCUCACGAUCAGUUGGAGGUAACGCAUCAAGCACUCAAGACCAAGGGCCAUGCAGAGGUCUUUAGUCUUCUAUUACUGAUGGCCAUGAGCAUUGGCGCAGUAAUUUGGGCUAUGCGACGAUUCAGAGUGCUUCGGAAGCAGGUUCUCAAACUCAAACUCCGUAAACCACUGCAGACAGACGAGAAGCAUGGCGAGGAAAGCGGCCUCUUGAUCUAG